AUGGCCAGCCUCAGUGAUCUCAGAUCUCGGAUCAUCUCAGACCAUCUCAGAUCUCAGGCUACCUUUCAACGUCUUCUUUGCCUUUGUGAUCCUGUCCAACUCCUUGUUCUUAGGGCUGCAGUUGGAGAUGAAGGCUUCAGGCGAGACCCCUGCCUCCUUAACAGUGGUGAACGUGAUCUAUGCGAUCCUUUUCACCGGGGAGAUGACGAUCCGAAUUAUGGCCAUGGGUCUGUCCACCUACCUCUUUGGCAAAGGUGCAGGGUGGAACUGGUUGGACGUUCUAGUUGUUGUCCCUGCUUGGGUGGAAUUGGCCCUGGACCUGUGGACGGACGAGCAAGGCAUGGAGGGUGGCUCUUCCAGUACAUUCCGCAUCAUCCGAAUCUUCAAGAUUACGAGGCGCUGCGUGCUUUGGUGAUGUCUGUGGUGGACACCACUCGCCAGCUGCUGUGGGCGCUGAUUCUGUUGGGCCUGGUACAAUACAGCUUUGGAUCAUCGGCAGGAUACGACACGAUGUGCAGAUGUGCACAGGGCAUGCCAGGAAUUCUCUUCACAGAUGCUGUCUUGGACUAUUCGGCUUCCAAUGGGCCAGAUGCGGAUCAAAUGAAAUAUUUUGGGACAGUCUUUACGUCAGUCAUGACGCUUUUCAGAUCGAUCUUGGGUGGAUUGGAUUGGGAAUAUGCAGCUGAUGCCCUCAUCCCGGUGGGCUGGUUUUGGGUGCAGAUCUUUCACCUCUACAUCGCCUUCUGUGGCUUUGCGGUAUUGAAUGUCAUGACUGGGGUUUUCGUCAACAGCGCCAUCAAGACAAGAGAAAGGGACCACGAGACCUUGAUCCAAAACAAGAAUCGUUUUAAGGAACUGGUCUCAAAGAUUUGGAGCAAGAUGGACGCUGACGGGCAUGGGCAGAUCACCAUCACCGAGUUCGAACGGCUGCCUGGCUUCCCCACCAUGGUGCACGUGAAGGGCCUGGAGAUUGGGGAGCAAACAAACCUAAAUCGGAAAGAUGUUCGAAGACGAAUCCAUGAAGGCAUUCUUUUCAGCCAUCGAGCUAAAUGCAGUGGAUGUGUCUCGCCGAUGAUUUGGGGAUUCUCAUCACUCUAUCAGCAAAACGUUCAAUGGGUAAACCCAAUCAUAAACAUCUUGAGUAAUUUGUUUGGGUUUACCGGUUUACCACAUUGA